AUGGCGCUCUCUAAUUCUGUUUCUUUGGCCGGCGAGUUUCGUCAGUCGCUCUCAAAGUUACUGGAGACAGGUGCAUAUUCUGAUCUCACAAUCAUCUGUGACACAGAUAGAUACGCCGUCCACAAAUCGAUCGUCUGCACCCGAUCCCCCAUUUUUGCCGCCAAGUGCGAUGACGAGUCCAAGGGGGCAAGUACUGGCAAGAUCGACCUCUCUGGUCAUGAUCCCGUAGCUGUCAAGAUGAUGAUCCGGUAUUUGUACCUCCAAGACUAUACCCCUCCAGAGACGCCUGCUGCUCCUGAGGAAAAGAAUGAUUCCAUGCAAAAGCCCGAGCUGAUGUCUGGAUCAGCGAAAAGACGAUGUAUGGACCGACUUAGUCCUUCAAACUUUUCUUCGAAUGCAAACUUCGAUGCAUCUCCAAGCUCUGUCGACACUCCGGCCAGAUAUCGAGGUUCUGACGGCCAGCAUGGCGGUCGUUUCGGGUUCCAACACGAGUCGCAGAACUCUCCCAAGUCCGUUUCCCCUGUACCUACAGUACCAACUCUAAAUCCCUUUGCUGCAUCACGAACCCCAAAUUUCGUUCUGCACGUAAGGGUCUACGCACUGGGCGAGAAGUACGGAAUCAAAGAUCUCAAAAGUCUAUCUCUUGACAAGUUCAAGGACGAGGCUCAGAUCCACCACCACAGCGAAUCGUUCCUACUUGCUGUGGAGCAUUUCUACACUUCGGCUAUCAAGGAUGAUUGGGGAAUGCGUAGUGUCUUCGUCAGUGUACUUCAAGCGAAAGCCUACUUGCUUGAGAAUGAACGGCUGCAAAAUGUCAUCAGGAACACUGAGUUGGGGUUAGAUCUUAUUAUGAAGCUUACUCGGGUUCGACGCACCGAGUUGAAGAGAGAGGCAUCCUCCUUGUAG